GUCCGAUAAGGCUCAAAUGAUGAUCACCUUGCCGGCAAUUCUACAGCGGAUACAGGACAGGGAACGAUACGGCUUUGCAUAACUAAAAAAUCAAGAUGGCCUCCUCCCAAGAUCCAACCAGCCUGCAGGGUGCCGCAACCGUCCUUCUACAAUCCUGCGUUUCUUCGCUUGUCCUUACCUCUCUAAUCUCUGGUCGGCCAUAAUGAUAGGCUAUAGACACAGCUUGGCUCAGCAUACUACCCGAAACAUUGCAUCCCGAGACUGUACACACUGUUGCGAUUUGAAUAAUUCUUGUUUUGCAGAGAAGCAACCCAAAGGAGAAUACGCUUCGAUCGCCAUGAACCCAGGUCAAGUCACGCGAGAGCAAUGAUGAACAAUGAGUGACUCAUGACUUUCAUGUGUCUGGACGGUUAGACGGCCGAAUACGAAGUCGACUAAGUUUCCAGAGGGCCCAUGGACUAUAACUAUGUGGUGCGCAAACAUACACACUGAGACAAGAACCACGCUAUGAUGUCCUUCCUUUACCGCUGGUUUGGGCCCCUGUACGAUGCCAUUCUAUGUCCAGGCCUACCCUGGAGUAUUCGCUGGCGCCUUGUCGCAUUACAGCCAGUAGUCUUCCUUACCAAUGCAAUUCAAUAUUGGCGUGGCAUACGUUCGAAACAUCCCAAAACCACGAUCUGGAUUCCCUUGAGGCGUGCUCCGGGUCACUCCGUUCGUGCUAUUGUAUACCACCCCCUCGAGAAAGCGCCAAAUAAUAAACCGCGAGCUCUCCACCUCAACAUUCACGGCGGCGGGUUCCUUGGAGGUCUCCCCGAAGGCAACACGCCGUUCUGUGAUCGUGUCGCGGCAGAGACCGGGGCGGUAGUGAUAUCAACAUCUCACCGAUACUCCCCACGAUAUACUUUCCCCGUCGCGCACAGGGAUGUCCAAGAUGUAGCCGAAUGGUUGAUCGAAAACGCGGGGAGGCUUUGGGAUGCCGAUCCGAGAUUGUUGAGUGUGAGCGGAUUUUCAAGUGGAGGGAAUCUGGCGUUGGGCGUUGCGCAAUGGUUGGCCCGGUCGGAAUUCAACGUGAAAGCAGCGGUGAUGUUUUACCCACCCGUUGAUCUGCGGCUGUCGCCGUGGGAAAAGCCGAAGCCAGCCAAAUACCCUGAUACUGACCCUCUAGCUUUUGUUUUGCCCUUAAUGGACGCAUAUGCCGGAACAGAGCGAGAAAAGUAUCUGGAUAGCCCAAUACUGCAUCCCAUUCUCGCAGAUAUUGAGUCACUGCCACGGAAUAUGCUGUUUCUUUGUGCGAAGGUCGAUAUUCUUCAUCAUGAGCAAACAGUGUUUGUGAAUAGACUGAAAGACGAAGCUGUGGCCCUUAAUCGCGAGAUCAAAUACCCACAAGAAGCAUCUCAACAUCAUCCGACCGAUAGGGAAGGCCGAGUAUCGCUAGCGUUAGAACUUGAAUCAGCUGCUCGACGUCCUUAUCACAUUGAUGGCAUGUUCUUCGACGAUCAGAUACAUGGGUGGAUUGAGGUGCCUUCAAUGUUCAUCGAUACCAAAUUGAGAGACCAGGCCUAUAGUGAUGCAGUGCAGUUUCUAGACAACGUCUAUAUUUCCCAAGGAUAGGCAGGCUCCUCUGUGGAAUUCGAUGUAUCAGAUGUAAAACGUAUCUAGUUGGCUAUCCGGCGUGGUGCUAUAUCCCGGCGAACGAUUACGGCGAACGAGGGCUACAAGACACAAGUACUGGCCACGUCAGCGACUACAUUCCCACAACGCCUAGCUGCAGCUAGACUUAU